CAGGGCGGAGUCGCCGGUUUUCACUUCCUUGAUGCGCACAGACAACAGUGCUGCACAAUGGAAAUACUAGCUUUACUGAGCUUAUUCGCCACAUAUUUAUCAGCUAACAGCGUCAACAUCGAGGAUAACGCAGGGCAGUUCUUCAGCAGUGGUCACACAAACAACUGGGCUGUUCUGGUGUGCACAUCCAGAUUCUGGUUCAACUACCGGCAUGUGGCAAAUACCCUGUCCGUCUACAGGAGUGUUAAGAGGCUGGGCAUUCCUGACAGCCACAUAGUUCUCAUGCUGGCGGAUGACAUGGCUUGUAACCACAGAAACCCCAAACCUGCCACAGUGUUCAGCCACAAGAACAUGGAGCUGAAUGUGUACGGCGACGACGUGGAGGUGGACUACCGAGGAUAUGAGGUGACAGUGGAGAACUUCCUGCGUGUUUUGACCGGCAGGCUUCCGCCCAGCACUCCACGCUCAAAACGCCUCCUCUCUGAUGACCGCAGCAACAUCCUUAUAUACCUGACAGGCCAUGGCGGAAAUGGCUUUCUGAAGUUCCAGGACUCUGAGGAGAUAAGUAAUGUGGAACUGGCCGAUGCUUUUGAGCAGAUGUGGCAGAAAAGAAGGUACAAUGAGUUGCUCUUCAUCAUCGACACCUGUCAGGGCGCCUCCAUGUAUGAAAGGUUCUACUCGCCUAACCUCAUGGCUUUGGCCAGCAGUCAAGUAGGAGAAGAUUCCCUGUCGCAUCAGCCAGAUUUGGCCAUAGGAGUCCAUUUGAUGGACCGUUACACCUUCUACCUGCUGGAGUUCCUGGAGGACAUCCACCCUGCAAGCAAAUCCAACAUGAAUGACCUGUUCAAAGUAUGUCCCAAGAGUCAGUGCGUGUCCACACCGGGUCACCGUACUGACCUUUUCCUGAGGGACCCGGGAAGUGCCCUCAUAACAGAUUUCUUUGGUAGUGUGCGCAAAGUCGAAAUCACCAUGGAAACCAUCAACCUGACCGACCCCAUCGAGCAGAUGGAGCAGAAUUUUGUGAAUGGAGAGCUGCAAAAAGAGACUUACUCAUAUGUGGACCAGCUGCCAGUGUCUGAGAUAAUCCAUCAGAAACCGAAGCAGAAAGACUGGCAUCCUCCUGACGGCUUCAUCCUGGGCCUGUGGACCUUAAUCCUCCUGGUGUUUUUCAAGACGUACGGCAUGAAGCACCUCAAACACAUCUUCUGAGGCCACAGCGAUGAUGCGGCCGGAUAUCUGAGGACAUGAGGCUGCAGAUCUGGAGCGUUUACUGCAGGCGUUUUAGAGGUGCACUUUUUGACAGGCUUGUUUUCCUGCAAAUGGAAAGGAGAUGUAUGGCACCACAACGGCUUGGCCAGGAACUGUGUGACACAAUUGGUGCCUUUUUUUUUUCUUUCGGAUAACUGCUGAAUUUGUGUAUUAUUCCAGAGGUGACAAGGGAGAAGGGACAAAUGCUUGAAAGUCAUUCAUCUCUGCAUGGGCGUACAACUAACAGUACGGCUAUUUCAAACAGUUUUGUGUGUUCCCUUUUAGGCAAGGACUUCAACUUUUAAUUAUUUAUUUGUGUCAAAAGUUCUGUUUUUCCAAGCCAUUCUAUAAUUGCUUUGGUUUGUUAAAAAAAAUGCUCUGAAUUGCAUCUGCAGAUAAGAAUUUAAUUUAUUUUUGAGAGCAUGCUACUCUGCAUAAAUCAGCAGCAGCGGCCCUUUUUGUUUAAGUGCUACUCAGAACGUCUACUCGGUCAGAAAAAGGAAAGUGUGGGACAUGGGCCGGCUUAUUGGCUGUGAGUGGGCUGUGAAGAGAUUACUAUUUAAUGUCUCCCUUGUCCAUAUACAUUACACCCCUUGACUGUCAUAUCACGCUUGUGAAGGAUAACAAUCACACAUAAUCCCAUCUCGCAUGAUGGACCCAUCCACUUUCCCAUUCACCAAAUUGCCCUCCCUGUGGAAACAUCCAUUAGCUCCCCAGCCGUGCACUCCGCUGAUUGUAUUCUGGGUGAUGGACAGCUAUUUCCCCGGCCAUUCCACGUCUCGCGCUACAGCAGCGAUAAGUGAGUGAUAACCUAGUAAGCCGCCAGCCGUCCCAAAUGAAUCUCCUCUGUGCUGGGAUGUGUUUUCCUCCCUUUUUUCCCCCUCCUCUACCUUUCCCUGCAUGUGUAACCACUCUGCAUUAGACUCAUUGUUUGGGGGAGUGACUGAUGCUCUAAGCAUAUGGAUUGAACCUGAGGUAGUUUGUCUUUACCUCUUGGCGUGAAGACCCGCCCAUCGGGUGCCCGCUGCCACUCUGCCUCGUGGCUAAAGUGGGAAAUGGAUGGAGUUGGAAAUGAAACCAUAUGUAUCAGAAGGCAGCUGCUGCGUCAGCCUCCCAAAGUACCUUUUCUUCUACAUUAUUUAUGUAACGCUUAUUUCUUCUUCCGUUUCCCUCCUGGCUACCUUUUCAGAGAGAGCAAGAUCAUUUUAUUUCUUCUUCGAAGGAUUUUGAUACCCUGAUUAAAGAUGAAACACUGAAUCGAA